UGUUAUGAAGGAGGGGCAGUCUCUCCCUCACUUCUGGAGACACCACUUUUUGACACAGCCAGAAGCAGAAGCAGACUCCUUCCCAUGGAUUCACUGCAAGUGGCCCACUUGGGCCCUCGGAAGAAGAGACCCAGGCAGACGGGCGCCUCGAUGGCUUCUCCUCCUCAUGACAUCAAGUUCCGAGAUUUGGUCCUCUUCAUUUUGGAGAAGAAAAUGGGAACCACUCGCAGAGCCUUCCUCAUGGAGCUGGCUCGAAGGAAAGGAUUCAGGGUUGAGAAUGAGCUCAGUGAUUCCGUCACCCACAUUGUGGCAGAAAACAACUCUGGUUCGGAAGUCCUGGAGUGGCUUCAGGUACAGAAUGUAAAAGCCAGCCCACAGCUAGAACUCGUCGAUGUCUCCUGGCUCACAGAAUGUAUGAGAGCAGGAAAACCCGUGGAGAUGACAGGAAAACACCAGCUUGUCGUGAGAAGAGGCUUUUCAAGUAGCCCCAGCCCAGAGCCCCAGGAGACUCCACCACUUGCCUUAAAGAUCUCUCCUUACUCGUGUCAGAGAAGAACCACUUUAAACAACUGCAACCACAGAUUCACGGAUGCCUUUGAUAUACUGGCUGAAAAUUGUGAGUUUAGAGAAAAUGAAGGCUCCUUUGUGACAUAUAUGAGAGCAGCUUCUGUACUUAAAUCUCUGCCAUUCACAAUCGUCAGUAUGAAGGAUACAGAAGGAAUUCCCUGCUUGGGGGACGAGGCGAAGAGUAUCAUAGAGGAAAUUAUUGAAGACGGAGAAAGUUCUGAAGUUAAAGCUGUGUUAAAUGAUGAACGAUAUCAGUCCUUCAAGCUCUUUACUUCUGUAUUUGGAGUGGGUUUGAAGACAGCUGAGAAAUGGUUUAGGAUGGGUUUCAGAACCCUGAGUAAAAUAAGGUCAGACGAAACCCUGAAGUUCACACGAAUGCAGAAAGCAGGGUUCCUCUAUUAUGAAGACCUCGUCAGCUGUGUCACCAGGGCGGAAGCAGAGGCGGUCGGUGUGCUGGUUAAAGAGGCUGUAUGGGCAUUUCUUCCCGACGCCUUUGUCACCAUGACAGGAGGGUUCCGGAGGGGUAAGAAGAUUGGGCAUGAUGUAGAUUUUUUAAUCACCAGCCCAGGAUGCACAGAAGAAGAAGAACAACAACUUUUACCUAAAGUGAUAAACUUAUGGGAAAGGAAGGGAUUACUUUUAUACUAUGACCUUGUGGAGUCGACGUUUGAAAAGUUCAAGUUGCCUAGCAGGAAGGUGGAUGCUUUAGAUCAUUUCCAAAAAUGCUUUCUGAUUCUAAAAUUGCACCAUCAGAGAGUAGACGGUGGCAAGUGCAGCCAGCAGGAAGGAAAGACCUGGAAGGCCAUCCGCGUGGACCUGGUCAUGUGCCCCUACGAUCGCCGAGCCUUCGCCCUGCUGGGCUGGACCGGCUCCCGGCAGUUUGAGAGAGACCUCCGGCGCUAUGCCACUCACGAGCGGAAGAUGAUUCUUGACAACCACGCUUUGUAUGACAAGACCAAGAGGACAUUUCUCGAAGCAGAAAGUGAAGAAGAAAUUUUUGCACAUCUGGGAUUGGAUUACAUUGACCCGUGGGAAAGAAAUGCCUAGAAAAAUCUGUCGACAUUUAAGAAAUUUUUCAGGGUAAAUAAAUACGCUUCAUGUUGCAGAGGAAGAUGCUUGAGGAGUUUUGGGGAGUCUGUAAGUCUUCCUGAAAUGCAUGAUGCUUCCAGAAGUAAAUAGUUUUGGAAACCUGAUAAGGCACCCCCUGGUAAUGGGUGAUGCUCUCAUAGGCCAUUUGUUCGACCGCUGCUUGGAAUUUACGAUGCAUUUUGCCAUAGAAAGUGUUGUAAUUGGUGGCUCCUUUCCGGGGAAGCUCAUCAAAGCCCACUGUGCCCACAGUGUAGCUGAAAUACUGGGCACUUCCAAUAAAAACAGGAUGACACAAGGUGGUGGAGUCUUCUUUGUUCAUGCAAAUGCAAAAUACUUUUAAACACAAAUACAGAAUGACAGAAUAAAGAGUUUAACAUUUAUCUCAAGGGAGAAGCAGGCUUCAUUAGAUCAGACAUUCCCAGGCAGAAAUCAUGGAACCGGGAGGUCAGGGGUUGUUGCCUUAAAUCCAGAUCUUUCUAUCAUCACCUCAGUCUCUCUCUGAGAGGUCUGGAAUGACAACGCCCGCGAUAAAGGGCCGGUCAGCACAACCGUAAGAGGGCUGCCACCUGGAGGGGAGAUGGACAUUACAGGCUUAGAAACAAGAGAAAGCUCUGUGGGCCUCGAGGCCAGGAAGCCUUCACAGAGGAGGGGUCUCAGUAGGUUUGAGAUCAUGGGAGGAUUUGGAUCCACACUGUUUUUUGCUCUAGAAGAAAAUUUUAUCAAUUAGUGUGGUGACUAGUUAUGGGAACACAGAAGUCCCGAGUGCCACCUACUUUGAGGCAGAGCGCCCUCUGGUGGCAAACAGAAGAACCUUUGGAGGCUAGUACGAUAAGAUCAUGGUGGAUCAAGGAAGAAGCCCAAGAAUAUUGAGCAGAGCCUUGGAGACUUUGUAGUCCAUCCACCUCAUUCUACAGAUGACAAACCAAGAUCUAAGGAGAGGCACUGGCCUGCCUAAUAUCGCAUGGUUAAUGCCGGAGCUUUUGUUGAUUCAGCAGAGGAUGUGCACACCUGUCUGUGUGACCUUGAACAACGUACC